AGUGUGAUUCAGGCUAAAACGAGCUGGACUUUGAUUUGGGCUGAAACAUCUAGCAUAAUAUCGCAAGAUUCUCCCCGGCGCAACAACACUACACCGUAGCACAAAAAUCUCCUUCUGAGCCAUCGUUGCCGUCACCCAAGUAGAAUAAGCUACCAUGCCGCGUACUAUUACAGCCGAGAGCCCUGGCUGCCCUCGCCUCCGGGCCUUAACCUUCGAUGUACUUGGACUCAUCAAAGUGAUUGAAGCUCGCGGCGGCGAGCAAAAGGAAGCUCCGGCUGUGGUGGAACGGUGGGGCGCCCCGGAUUCCUCAAGAUGCGUGCUUGCUACUUCCAUGAUUGACCGCGAGCACGACCCUUUGCUUGGUGUUGCAAGAAAAAAUGGCAUGAUUGAGGUGCUUAGUCCUAUCAAUGGUGAUGUUCGCCUUGCUAUUCCAAGUUCUAGUGGAAGCGGAAGCGUGAGUGAUGAUGAUGCCAUUGUUGCAUUGCAUCUUUUCAGUAAGCAGAGAUUGGAAUCAUCUUUGUUGUCCUGUACCUUGCUUGAUUGCACAACAAAAGGACAUGCAAGUAUAAGGUCGGCUGAAAUCCCUAAGCCACUUGGAGAUUCUGUCACUGAGAGUUCACAAACUAUAUGGAAUGUAUGUGGAUCGGGUAACAUUUUGUGCUCCAAAGUAGACAGCAAUGAGCAUUAUGCUUUGUUUGCAGGGAAGGGAGUUGAAAUUAAUGUGUGGGAUCUGGAACAAAGUAGUAAAAUCUGGGUUUCAAAAUCUCCUCCUAAAAACAGUCUAGGCAUCUUUACCCCAACGUGGUUUACAUCUGCAACAUUCCUAAGUAAGGAUGAUCAUCGCAAAAUUAUAGCUGGCACUAACAACCAUGAGGUGCGUCUUUAUGACAUUUCUUAUCAGAGAAGACCUGUCAUUUCAAUUGAUUUUCGAGAAGCACCCAUUAAAGCUGUUGCUGAAGAUCUAGAUGGUUGGACAGUGUAUGUAGGAAAUGGGUCAAGUGACCUUGCUUCAUUUGAUAUGCGUACAGGGAAGCUUUUGGGAUCCUUCUUGGGUAAAUGUUCUGGAAGUAUUCGAUCCAUUGCUAGACAUCCAGAGCUUCCAGUGAUCGGCUCCUGUGGGUUGGACAGCUAUUUGCGCAUUUGGGAUGUAAAGUCACGGCAACUUUUGUCCGCGGUUUUCUUGAAGCAGCAUCUUACAAAUGUUGUUUUUGAUUCUCAUUUUAACAAUGAAGCUCCGCUACCUCAAGAGCCACAAGAUGUGAGUGAGACGCAAGAAGAAUGUGAAGAAGAGACUACAAUGGCAACGAAAAGGAAGAAAGCAUCUAAAGACCACAGUCGAAAAAAGAAGGUCAAGACCAAUAAAACAGCUCGUCAAGACCCGGAGCAGCAAGAUGUGAGUGAGAUGUCGGCGUCUCAUUCUGAAGACCACGAAAACUGGCUAAAUGACGAAGCUGAAGAGGAGACGACGCCCCCUAGAAAAGAAAAGGUAUCUAAACGACACAGUGGCAAGAAGAAAAGGAGACAGCGUGUUGUGAUCUCGAUUUCAUGACCUCCUACAUAGAAGAGGUCACUAUAUGCUAUCUGAGCACAAGGUGCCUUGCUUUUGCCGGCUAUUUUAAUUUUGUGGUAUAAGAAAAUUAUUUCCUUUUAUUUUCCCUCCUUUGUAUACGACAUUGCAAACGAGUGGAUGCUUCAUUGUUGUAGGCCAAACUGUAAACAGAAGAUCUAUAGUUAGACACCUCUUUUUUUC